UGGUGGAUGGUGAUGAUUGCAGGCAUUGGUUUGGGGGCCACCCAUGUUGGCCUCUGCCCAGCGCAACCAAAGAUCCCUGUCUACCUGGUGGUACUGGGAGUGUCCAGUCUCCUCUCGCUAUCCGUCACCUACUGCAGGUGCAUCUGGGAGGGUGGCGUGAUGAGCACUGCCACCUCGCUCUGCAUGACCCUGCUGCACCUCUUCACGUUCUGCUGGUUCUUUGCAGGCACUCAUUGGAUUUACACUGCGUAUCCACCCAACUACACACCUGGGGAUGCUGAGUACUGCCACAAAACAACCUACCAGUUUGCUUUUGUGAUCACCACGCUGCUGUGGGGCACCAUUACAAUCACCUUGCUCUGUGGCGGUUGCCUCCUCUUGAUCACAUGCUGUACAACAGUAACAGCAAGAUGCAGAUUGAUACCUAAUCGCAGUACCUCCUACGGGACUGCUUAUCUUCAAGGUGACACUGGGUGUGGUGUCUGAUUGUAACUCUGGCCCAGGUGUUGAACGUUUACUGACAAGUGUGGAACUUUUUGCGUGUACUUUUCCUAUAAUCUACUUGUUCUAGAUGUUUUCAAUGAAUUCUGGUAGUCUUUAAAAUAUGCUGAAGUACCAAUAUUUUGCUGAUUCAUUGCUAGCAUUUUCAAAAAAUGCCAUAUACACUCCCAGUCCAAAUUUUAAGACCAGCUGUAAAAUUGCAAUAAUUUACAUUUUUUUAUUUCACUUUAGUAUUUUGCAAUACAUUUUCUUGCUCAGUUUUUUUUGUCUCACUUCCAUUGCUACUUUUUGCGUUUUGAAGCUCUACUGUGCACCGUCAACAUGUCAACAUGCAAAAUGUAAAAAUGCAAUUUUUUACAUUUUGGUCAGGAAGGUAUUGUAAAA